UUUUUCUGUAGGAUUUGUGAUGAAAUGCGAUGAAGAGAGAUGACUGACCACACCACUUCUCCAGGAAUGCGAGAUUGGAUUCGGGACAGACACACUUAUGACGCCGUACAGACUGGGUCGUACGAUUGUGUCGGCCGAAUUAUACACGGUGUACCGCAAUAUCGAGUGCCAGAUUCGUUCGAUUGUCCAAGUAUUUCGGACGGAGAUAAUCAGCCAGUACAAGUUUCUGUAUAUCAGACAUACAUCCGGGAAAAGACCCACCCCACAUAUAGAGUGACGUGUACUCUUCAGUUGGACCAUCCCACAUCUGGGCCGAGGGAGAGAGUCGAAAGUAGAUGUGAGGACAAACCAUCAACAGCUAUAUUUAAACGACACACUACAAGCAGCAGGAAUAGUUGUGCUAAAGAUAGCAACCAACUGUGCUGCUGUUCUCGGGACGACCGUCUCUCGUCCCAUUCAGCGUCUGAGGACAGUUUAACUCUCGACGAUAUUCUCUUAACUUUCGAGAGGUUGUGCAGCGAAUUUGAUCUCUCUGAGGAUUUAGCGACUACUACUCCAGAUGCAAGAAAUGAGAGAAAGAAAUUAAGUACCCUCCCUACUGUAAGAGGAUCAUUGCAGCGUUCGGGAGUUUUUACGCCCGAAAGAGAGGGGGGCAGGCAGGAUGGGGUAAGGGGACAAUCUCACUUACCCAAUAUAUCCUUAACAAGGCUAACAAAGGUCACACCACCGCGUCUCCUAGGAGCGGGGAGACGAGUGAGAGUUAAGCCAGACCUGCCCUCCUGUUUGAUCAAAAAGUGGGAAAAGGAUAAUUUAACAAGAAUGGAAAAAUCUCCGCGUCCUCCUAGAUCUCCAAGUGCCGGUCAAAGCAGGUUGAAAGAAUUAACGGAUAAACUGAGAAAUAGCAAAGAUAAACCUUAUCCUGUUGUAAGAAGUUCCUCGAUGUCUCACGUAGAUUUAACUAACGAAGUGUUAGAAGUUCAUUCGGGACCUGCGACGUUACCACGAAGGAGAACGGGCAAUUGUCCCACAACAACUGGAGUGCAAUUGAGAUCAGAUGGAAGUAGCAUAUCGUUAGAUUCCGCCGUGGAUGAAGGAUUAGAUUCAGAGACCGAUCCCGGUAGGACGAUGGAACCACUGCCUCUUCUUGCUCCUGAUAAAAGGAGAAGAAAAAAGGGACAGUCGGUAGGUUUCAGAUCCCAAGAACAUCCACCGAAAUCGGGAAAUGGUCGUUCUUUAACAUAUCCUCCACAGAGAAAAGGAUCCGGUACAGAAGAGGAUAUUCAAUACAGUUCUGUUGAUAGCGAAGGAUUAAAAUCGUUGUGUGUGCCAGGAAUAAUAGCUGAGGGAUCAAGGCAUAGAAGCAAUGUAUCUCUCGCCGACAGUCAUUAUUGUCCUAGCGAAGGUGUAGCAGAGGAGACAUAUAGUGAUGUGAUAGAUAGUGUGACUUCUGCUGACCUUAAUAAACUCACCGUCACUGAUGCGAAAAUAUCGAAAAAGAAACAUCAUAGUGACCCAGGGAGUGAUAAAAUGACUGGUGAAAAUGUCGAUUUUCCCGAGUUGAUGGCUUCCAGUAAAAGCGAACCAGAACUCGGAGAAUCACCACAACCCAAUUCUAUAGAAGAAAAAGGGCGCGAUGGCAUGAGACUCGACAUUCACGAAUCUGCACCCGAUGUCCAGUGUCCUCAGAAUAUUGCACGUCAUAGAUCAAGUUACCAAACAAGGACUGGUUCUUUGACUCCUUCUCCCUCACUUCAUCCAAGGAUAUUUGGAAUAGAUCCGGAACGUUUAACUGCCAACGAAAACCCAGAAAAAUACUCUACUAAGAGCCCGCAGCAACAGCGUAGGUAUUCUAAAAAGCGACUGAGAGGACCUUACGGAGAAAUGCUGGAAGAAGAAAUGAGGAAAUCCGGCGAAAAACAGAAAUCGUCGUUUUGUGACGAUCUCAGUUUUUUGCAGGAACUCUGUAUUCAAACUCCGACAUCAAAUACCAAACCAAAUCUUUUUUCUAGCAGUCAAUCACUUGACGAUUCUCAUCUAAAAAAUGAAAGCAAAGUGCCUAAAAGAAAAAUUAGUGCUAAUCUUCCUUUGGAAGGUGAUACUGUUCAGCAUUACGACACUCCGUCCAGUCCGGAAUUAGAUUAUUCGGAUAACAACAAUAACAAAAACACAAAUAAAUGGAAUGAUUCUUGUGCAGAAAAUGCAGAUAACCAUAACAGAAACGAGUCAUUUAAGAGACAUCAGGAUACCAGGACGCAUGUGGUAGGAGAAUUAUACGAUACGGAAAAAUCGUAUGUAGAAUCUCUACAAAUUAUAGUCAAUAAAUAUAUGAAGUCUCUGAAGAGUCCAGAACACGCUGGAUUAGUCGACUCGUCUUUAGUUGACGAAAUAUUUUAUCAAGUACCCGAAAUUUUAAGUCAUCACGAAAGUUUUUUAGAGGUGCUGCGGCAGAGAUUAACGAGUUGGGACAGUAAACAAAAAGUUGGAGAUGUAUUUGUAGAAGCGUUUACAAAGCAGCAGAUUAUAGAUACCUACACAUCAUUCAUCAACAACUGGAGAUUAGCUAAAGAGGCAAUUAAAUUAGCAAUUCAAGCCAAACCAGCAUUUGGUAAAUUUUUAGAACAUAUGGCACGAGAACACAAAGGAAAGUUGACUUUAGAUGCUCUUCUAAUUAUGCCUGUACAAAGGAUACCUAGAUAUGAAUUACUUAUAAAAGAACUUCUAAAACAUACACAUGUGGAUCACCCAGAUCACCAACUUCUUGUUAUGGCUCAGAAAGAAGUACAUGAUUUAGCUGUAAAAAUCAACAGAGUAGAAAGAGAAGCAUUUCAACAUGAACAGAUGCAACAAAAAGUUAAAGAAAUUGAACAUCUCAUUGAGGGUAUUAUGGAUCUAGUGCAGCCUGACAGAACCUUCAUUCGGUAUGAUCUAGUCAGCAUACCAGGUGGUCUUGGUACCAAGAAAGAACGCUGUCUCUUCUUGUUUUCAGAUCUUCUUCUUAUUACAAGUAUAAAGAGAAAAAGUGGAACAAUAAGAAAGGCAUCAUCAUCAUCCUCUCCUUUAUCAUAUGGACCAUUAGAAACAAAUAAAUAUAAGCUUCUUCUUAGAUUCUCCUUAGAUAAUUUGGACAUCACGAAAAGUUCAGAUGGUAAUGUAAAAAGAAUUUUAAAAGAUAUUGAGAAUUUAGAAGGAGAUGUUUCAUUGCUAAAUCAGAUUGGAGAAAUGGUGUCUAAUCUUAACUGUCAGCAUCAAGCUUUGGAUGAUGUAAUAAAAGAAUUAUUAUCUAAUGUCACAAAACAACUUUUUGAAAAACAAAAUGCAGACAACCAGUUUCUUAGUGUAGAACUAACUAUCACAACACAGGAAGGUGUUGAAAAUAUGACGGUUAUAUUUCCAUCAUCUGAAAAAAGAUUAUCUUGGGAAGCAGCUUUUAAUGAGGCCAAGCAAAAAUUAGCUUUAUCAACAGAUAGAAGACCGCCUCCAGAAUUUAUGUACCCUUUGCCAAUUCGUAAAACUAGAGCUGGUCUCCAGUUCACUUGUGCGUCUGCAACGUUAGGUCUAAAUCAGUAUAAUAUGAGAGAUGUUUGGGUUUGCAAUAGUGAUGGUUAUGUUGGACAAGUAUGUGUGCUUAGUCUCCAACCUGAUCCAACAGUGACAUCAUGUAAUGGAGUAUGUAAUGCACGGAUACUUUGUCUAGCCUCUAUUCCUGCUGCAACACCCUUAUAUCAAAAUACAGGUAGAAGGAAAUCUAUUUUUCCUGAGAAUUCUGCAGAGCUAAAUCAUUCAGUUGAAGAAGACAAUGGAGAAGGAAUAGAAAGAACAAAUAAUGGAAAUAUUCAAUUAGACAGUGACUCAAGUGAUGAGGAUGAUGAUGUAACAGAUUCCCCCGAUGAUGAUGUAAAUAAAUCACCAGAAAAUACAGUUCAAGAAGAAAAUAAAGAUGAAACAGACAAUCAUCAGCCAACAAUGUGGUUGGGUACAGAAGAUGGAUGUAUUCAUGUAUACAACUGUACAGAUAAUAUUAGGAUUAAAAGAAACAAAAUCAAACUUCAACACUCAGCAGCAAUUAAUUGUAUAGUUUAUUUAGAUAACAGAGUCUUUGCAUCUUUAGCAAAUGGAGAAUUAGCUAUUUAUAAGAAAGAUUCAGAGGGGGGUUGGAGUAUUAAUGAGCCUCAAAUUGUCCAAAUUAGUAACAGCUCUGCACCAAUCACUAAAAUGCUGGCUGUGGCAGGAAAAUUAUGGUGUGGAUGUCAGAACAAUAUUAAAGUUUUCAACACAAUAUCACUUACAAUAGAACAUACUUUUCAAGUAAGUGGUGAUACUUCUCGAGCAGUACUAUGCAUGGUGACUUCAGGUUUAGGAGUUUGGACAGCAAUUCAGCACAGUGCAGUCAUCAGACUAUUUCAUGCCACCACCUAUGAGUGUCUACUUGAUGUGAAUGUAGGACCUGCUGUAACUAAAAUGUUAUCAGGUUGUGAUGAUAUUAUUCGCCAACAUAAAGCUGCAUGUUUAAGGGUUACUUCAUUAUUAGCAUGUAAGGAUUUGUUAUGGGUGGGUACGAGUGCUGGUGUGGUGCUUACCUUACCACUGCCACAUCUUACUUCAACAACAACCAAAUUAGAUACCUUACCUAAUGUGUCAGGUAUUUCUCAUGGUCAUACAGGCCAUGUUCGAUUUUUAACAUUUGUUGAGAUGUCUCUCGGAGGAUCAAGUGACUGUUCUGGUUUUACAAAAUAUAAUCAUCGUUCAAUUCGUAGUAAAGAGGGACUGGCUGCCCGUCGUGCCUCUACCACAGCCACCACAGGCUGUAAGUUGCUAGUCAUAAGCGGAGGAGACGGGUAUGAAGAUUUCCACAAUACUGGCCUAAGUGAAGCAGCGGGUCGAGAUGACAGCACCAAUCAUCUGCUACUCUGGCAGGUUUGAAUUUUAAGAACAGCAGCCAAGCUGCAAGGGUGUAGAUAUUUUAAUUUUUAAAAAAAACUCUAAUGUGAAGUUGGCAUUUCUGUGACAAAUACUGCUGCACUGCAGUUGUUUAGAAAAGAUGAUUGCAUUGGCUCAACAUUCGAUGAAACUAAAGUCUUAUGCAUAUAGCAGCAAAGAUUGUAAAAAUGGUAAAUUUUUUUAUAAAAUAUGCCUUGAACUAUAAGAACUAAUGCCAUCAUCUGCAUUCAGUGUUUGAUGCCACUAAUGUGAACAGCUUCAUCCAAUAAUGGAUUGAUUCACAUUUAGUACAUACACACACACACACACACCCACUGUGAUAUUGCUGCUAUCUUCUUUAAUAAAGAAGUGUAACACAAAGGGACUUUUCUUCUUAAAUAUUUGCAUCAUGUUUAAAAAAUCCUCAGAUGCUCCUCACUGAUUAAGGCAGAUAAAAUAUAUCAAUACAUGUUUUAUAAUCAUAAAACAAUCAAGCAAUGUGUUAAAUGCUCAACAAUUUUUCAAACUGUAAAUUCCUCUAAGGUAAAUUUUAUCAAUUCUUCCUUAAUCAAGAAUUUAAUUGUUCUUAGAGAAAAAUUUACUAUAUGUAUAUAUUACAAUUUUCUCUCUCUUAAGCUUCUAUCAAAUUAUUAUCUGCCAAUUUCUAUGCAGUGUGCUCUAUGCUUUUCAAUUUGUAUCUUGGUGUCUGUGAUUCCAGUAUUAUAAGCCAAAAUACAAUGAGUUAUUGGCAUUCUGCAUCCAAUCAUUACUAGAAACAACUUUAAACUUUCUACUUUAUAAUACUAAAAAGAAAGUUAAUAUUCUUACUUAUUUUAUUUUUAAAAAAUGCUCAAAUUCAACAUUUUACAAAAGAAGUAUGUAAGCGGACAUGCUUGUUCCUUUCUUGUAUAAAGUUAUCUAAGAUUGAAAUAAAUUAUUGAAUUUACAGCUCUGUCCAAAAUAAUUUCACAAUAUAUUAAAUUAUUGUUCUAAGGCAACUAUUCUUUUUAUAUUCUACAAUAUUUUCCUGAAAUUGCUUAUAUUCUAUAAGCUAUGAAUCUUAUUUCUUACAAAGUUUGAUGUCAUUAUAUAUACAUACAUAUAUAUAUAUAUAUAAUGUCAUAUGCAAGUUAUUGAAUUUUAUAAAAAAUAUUCAAUAUGCAUAUUUACAAGCUUUUACUAAGAUAUUGUAAAAGGGGAAAAAAAUGAAAUUGUACAGUUUAAAGUUUUCUGUAGUUGAAAAAUUUUCGGUAGUUUUCUUUUUCCCAUUAAAUUCUUUGAUAGCUAUCAUUUGAUUAUUACAAUCAAUCAUUGUAUGAUAUCAUUUGUAACAUUUAGAUAGUAUAUUGGGUGCUCAUUGAAUCUGUGCCAAAUUCAUUAUUUAAAAUUUUAAAAAAUAUGAUGGUAUGUAUCUUAAAAAUCAUCAAUUUACAUACGAUGUGCAGGAAUUAUUUUAGACUUGUAAAUAAAUGUAUACUGCACCUAUGUUGUGUAUUACCCAUUAGCCAGAAGGAUUUUGUGAUGUAUGAUAGAAAUGGGAUUCUGAUUAUGUGUCUACAAUCAAGUGUGCCUUGAAGACGUUCGAGCGGCAGCCAAAGCUCUCUGAAGACAGAUUCCAUCACUUCCGAACAAAGAACAACGAAAUGCAAAAGCAGUCAAAUCCUUGUUUAAAAAAGUCAUUGUUCGGAUUAUCUGUUUUGUAUCAAUUUGAAAUAGUAUCUUUCAGGGAAAGCUGUUAUUCCCCUUUGUAUAUAAUGCUAAAUUUAUUAUUUUCAAGAGCAGCUGUGUGUGUAUCAGAUGCUGUAGUCAUUUCAAAAAAUUCUUUGACAUAACAUGCAAAAUCAUAUGUAGUCAAAGAGUUUAAACAGCCUACAACAGUAUUUUUGUUUAAAUAAAAACUGAAUUAUUCA